AUGAAAUCUCCCACGAUUACAACGCAGGAGGCAGUCGAAAGUUGUCUCCCUGACCUUCUCAAGGCUACUCACAAAACCUUAUCAUCCGCAAUACACAAAGUCAAAUAUAUUGGCCCGCUAUCUCAAUGGCAGGACUUCGAGGAAGAUGUCAAGAAUAACAACCCCAAACGUUGGACCUCGGCUGUUAUUGAUUAUCGUAUCAGCAACCGCGAUCUUCGGCAAGAGGAAGUCUAUGUUGCCGACGAGACAGGUGUUCAAGGAAGGUUCCAACAGGCUGUAGGUCAAGUUCUCGGAGCUGUCUUUAGGGCGGAAAAGAAGAAUCUCCGCUUUGGGAACUUUAAGUCUGCUGGCAUUACCUACGACAAAACCCCGGGUAUUGCUAUGGUGUCUCCCAGAUCCCCAGUUAUGCUUCGAGCUGUCGGCGAGCUCAAAGUCCCCUGGGUCAUGGCUCACAACCUGAGGAAACGGUACGGCGCCGAUCAAGAACUGCGUUUAGCACUUGGACAAGUGCUCGAAUAUAUGAUUGACCUACGACUUCCUUAUGUAUUUCAUUCUACCUAUGAAGAAACCAUCUUUUUGAGGCACGUCCAGAGCACGGAGACUGAUGUUUCACUAAAGAAGUGUUUUUGGCACCUAUCAUCGCUGGCACUCCAAGGGAAUCCUGUUCAAAACCCCGCUUUGAAGGAUGACUUGAUCACUGACGAAAUUCUUUGA